AUGGACUUUCGAACAACUAUGCGAACAUUGAUGUUCUUAAUCCUGCAUUUGUGGAUUUUUGUAAUCCGCACAUCUUAUGGAUAUUAUCGGGAAAAUGUACUUACGAUUGGUAUUAUUUUUGAUGGGGAAUCAGCCUCAAUGAUUCCGCAAAUCAAACAAGAUUUAAUGGCUUUGGAAAUGCAGUUAUCCCACGCGGUUUAUGUGUCACUGCCCAUGCAAUACCGAACUGUUGUGCCUCGAAUUCGUUUCGAAUUAGUUCGAUUCUCCUACUCUGCCAUUUGUGAAUUACUGGAGAAACGAAUUCACGUUAUUAUCAGCCUUUGUAGCUGUAUCACGGCCCAAAUAGUCACUCCUAUCACUGAACGAUAUUCGAUUCCGUAUAUUGUGCUGCUGCAAGAUGGUUGUACCCUGAUGGAUGGCACAAACAAACCGAUCCGCUUUCGACUUUCCAUUGGUCCGAGUGCCGUAUUUCUGGCCGAGUCGAUCAACAAUGUGCUUUUCAUGGAGCGUGUAGUCAAUGUGAUCAUGCUAUCUGGUGGUCCAUCCUAUACCAUUGCGGCCUUAUUGGAUGAGACCACACAGUUUUACGGGACACAGUCUCACAAACUGCGAAUCUCGAUGCACAACUAUUGUAUCGAGCACACGUGUUCCACCGUAAAUAACCAUGCACCGGAGUUGGGACAGUUGCUCAAAAAGUGGGAUGAUGCGCUCACAAAGAACGUUGAGGAUCAAAUUCAGGAUCAUUAUAUUAUUUUCAAUCCGUCUAAUAAUUAUUUGAAAGAAUUUCAUAAGGUCAGUUUGCGUUUGAUUCUACGAUUUUAUUUAUUAUAG